CGCCCCUUCGUCCUUGUUGACUUGGAAACCGUGGCAGCGUCUCCAGUGUGGAACAAUAUGGCUGAAGAAUCACUGCUAAGGUAGCAUAGUGAGCCGCUUUUCCCCAUUGAGUGAGAAUGAUUUUAACGUCUGAGAAUGCCUGUGGGUAAAACUGAAGAGUGGGAGAACCCCCGGGAACGGUUUAGUGAGGUCCUUAAGAAGUACACCUCCUCAGAGAAAAAGUUAAAAAAGAAGAAAGCAGAAACCAAGGAAACUGUUGUGCUUCAGGAUCUUAAAAAGAACCUUGAAAAGGAGACGGAAUAUCAUGAGACAAUCCUACAGAACACGUUCCAGCCUGAGCAUGCAAGUCCGCGCUUCAUCAAAAACAAGCAGAGAGAAAGGGAGGUUGCAGAAAAGGACAACACCGACGACAAAAUACACCAUGUUGAAAUUCAUGCGCUGAACCCAAAGAGGAGAAGCAGGAGGGAGCUUCCCUCGCUUGCUACCACUGAGGACGAUCAAGUAUUCCAGGAAAAGAGUGCAGGUGGGACUCGAACUGAACAGACUGACGAAAGGGCGGGUAAACGAAGAAGCAAGAAAAACAAAGAAGCGAAGAAGGAUACCACGGGGGGAUAUUCAGAGGAUCAACUUUUACAAGAAUACCAGCAGCAGAUCGCAGAGACAGAGGAGAAGUCGCUGAUAAGAGGCAAGACAAGUGAGCGACUGAGCUCAUCGUCCCACGAGGCCCAUCUGAAUAAUGCCGUUGGCAAGAAGAAAAAGAAGAAGCUCAAGUCCUUGGUCACAGAGUCUGAUGCUAGUGAACGGGAUGAAGUGCAUGAGCUCGACGAUAAACCUAGCAAGGCAAGGAGGAAAAAACAAGCUGCCACAGGGGAGAGUGUCUCUGUUGCCCAGGAAGCACAGGGGCCAGUGUUGGAUGACAGUCUGGUGCUUGGAGUCUACAUCCAUAGAUCGGACCAGCUCAAGACGGACCCCCUCAUCUCCCACCCCAUGGUGAAAAUCCAUGUUGUGGAUGACCUCACUGGCCAGUACGUGAGGAAGGAAGACAGCCACAGACCCGUAUCAUCCUUUUAUGAGCAAGACAACGUGGAUCACAUUCUGCCAAUCAUGACACAACCUUUUGAUUUUAAAAAGAACAAGUCAGUUAUCCCAGAGUGGCAGGAGCAAAUCAUCUUCAAUGAGCGCUUUGGCCAUUUCGUCCAGCAAGGCAGUGAAGGUCCGAGAGUCAUGCUCUUCUUCGAGAUUCUGGACUUCAUCUCAAUGAAAGAGGCACGAGCCAAUUCUGAUAACAUGCACGAAGGAGGCGGAUUUAAGAAGAUUGCCUGGGCUUUUCUGAAGCUGGUGGGGACGAACGGUGUGCUGAAUAUCGACAGUCAAGUUCGCCUCCAACUCUUUUGCCCUCCAGCGCGGGCCAAGCGGCAGUCUAACAUAAUCGAGGUGGUGGACUGGUGGAGAAAUUACCCAAGAAAGAAAUACUCCUCCACACUUUAUGUUACGGUGAAAGGCAUCAAACUACCUGAGCAUGUGGAUCCAAGCAUUCGAUCCAUGAUGGCUCUGCAGGAGGAGCGAGGCAGCACCUCGUACAGUGAGCUGCAGAAUGAGGUGACGAAAAGAAGCUUGUCGCAGCCCCUGGACAACAAACCAGCCGUGUUGAGAUGGUCAAGACUGCCUGGACAGGUCAACAUGAUUCCCAACAAGCACAUGCUGUCGUUCCGUGGCGGUCAGAUGGGCUGCUUCACCGUCGUCUUCUCUCACAGUGGGACCUUGCUAGCUGCUGCUUGUGCUGACAAAGACGCCUUUCCUGUCGUCGUGUAUGAGAUCCCUUCAGGCAAGGUUCUCGCUGCGUUUAAUGGCCAUCUGAAAAUUGUCUAUAACCUCUGCUGGUCCAGUGACGAUGGGACUCUGUUGUCUGCCUCGUCUGAUGGAACUGUACGAGAAUGGAACGUUGAGAAGCUGUUGCUGAGCUCACGGAAGAUUCUCCCUCACCCGUCGUUCGUGUACUGCGCCCAGUACCACCCAGCUGCCCACAACCUGGUGGUGACAGGCGGCUUCGACUCACUGGUGCGAGUGUGGAAGAUGGACGUGGACGACGUGAAUGGACUGCUCCUGAAGGAGUUCGACGGUCACAGCAGCUACAUCAACACUAUCUGUUUUGACCCUGAUGGAAGCAGAAUGUUCUCUGGUGACAACAUGGGCCAGAUCCUCAUUUGGAGGACGGGUGUCAAGAAGCACCAGCAGCCAUGCAGUCAGUGGCGUAUGGAAGAGGUUUGUUUUGAGAAAUCGCAGAAUAUUUUUACUCUUCUUGGCACUGAUGCCACUGCUUUGUUGGCGCCACAGAAUAUUUCCGAGCUCAAGGGCAUCUCCAUUAACAUGCUUCAGCUCCACCCAAAUGGCCGCUGCCUCCUCAUUCACGCGAAGGACAGUAUCCUGAGGAUGAUGGAUUUAAGGAUUCGAGCAGUGAAGAAGUACAUCGGCGCCACCAACUACAAGGAGAGAAUCUACAGCACGUUCACACCAUGUGGCAGCUUCAUCUUCUCCGGCAGCGAGGAUGGAAUGGCCUACGUUUGGAACACAGAGACAGGCGACCAGGUGGCGCUGUACUCCGAGCUCUGCUUCUCAGCCCCUCUGUGCGGCCUGGCGUUCCAUCCUCACGAGAACAUGGUCGCCUUUUGCGCCUUCGCUCACAGCCAGCCCAUUCAUGUGUACCUGUAUGACCGCAAAGCGUCUCAGCUGCAGGUGCAAAAUUCCACUGCAUGUAGAUCAGCCUCUGUGGACACCAGAAGUGUCAGUAACAUGCCUGGCACCGCCACGCUUCAAGAAACACCUGCCGACUUGGAUCAGUUCAUUCAGGCAGAGAGACUUGGGAGGAGUGUCAGGCAGCAGCUGGAUUCACUCUUGACAGGACAUCAGAGGUCUUCUGCCGUCGUCCAUGAGCCUGCAGGCCGGCUGGGCAAGAACCUGCUCCCAGACUCUGGAUCGAUGAGGCUGCCGUUCCUGUCUUCCCACUCGGCGCUGCAGCUGCCAAGCUCCCUGUCUGGACAGAUCUCCUCCCCAACAGCUGUCAGCGACAGAAACGAUGACUUGGGUUCCGUCCCUCAACACCCAGGAUCCCAUUUUAAGACUCCUUCAAAUGACUUCACAUCAGACGCAGAACCUGCUCAGCAAAUGGUCGUCUCCCGUCACGACUACAAAGCCUGUCGCUCGGAUGAACUGUCGCUGCGACCUGGUGACGUCAUCCAGGUGCUCUACAAAGACAAUGACAGAUGGUGGUUUGGGCGUCUGGACAGUGGGCUGCAGGGAUAUUUCCCAGCUUCUCUUGUGGUGGAGCAGAAUGAAGGUCAGCCAGAGUGGACCUCGGAGAGGACGUUCUCCUCAAGGACAAGGAGGCAGAAGAGUCCAGAUACACACACCACACAAGACACAACUGAAGCAAAGGUACUGGCUGCCGUUGGCUCGGAGACCGACCCGGAGGAGAGUGAUGUCAGAGGGAAGAAGAAGAAGAAAAAGAAGCCCCAUUCCACACUGACGGACACUUCCGGUUCGACUGGAGCAAGGCUGACUCGCCGACCCCUCCCAAAGAUCCCGACUCAAGAUACUUAAACUCUUACGUACUCGCUUACUCUCCUGCCUUUGUUUAUUAAGUCAGGCCACUUUUAUUUUCUUAAAGACGUACUGUAUUUUCAGAUUUUAUACGUUGUAUUUUUGAAAUGCUGAAUUAAGUACCUGGUGGCGCUUAUUGUUACAAUGUUAUGAUGGAAAAUAAAAAUAUUCUAAUUACUUUUGAGAGUGAACUGGCCUACACAUAAAAAGUAAAGAUACUGUGUUCAAUAAUAAGCAUUGAUUCAGCACAUCAUGUUCGAUAUUUCCAUCACCAAACUUGUGUUCUGGCUGCUUAAAGAGAGUCAUGGGACGCUUAAAACAUCUCUCAUCAGAAACAUCAAUGAUGGUGUCAGUUGGGUUCAGAUCAGAGUUGUGUUGAGACUGUUUAGUCCCCUGCAGCGGACCGUUUCCCUCACCACUAAGCAUUCACUUGUUUCAUUAUAUACUGCAUACCGAGUACUGUGUUUGAGUCAGACAUUUGUCUCAGCCUCACCGAAGAUGAACAAAACUGAAGCCGCCACAAUACUGUACACAGAAAAUGUUUUUUCCUACCUUACAAUCCCCUAUUUUUUUUUUCUUUAU